AUGUGCCAGUGCCAGGGCUGGGGCAUGGAGUGGAUGCAAGCCUUUCACCAGGCGUACAGGCAGUGCCCCAACCUCCGACGGGAGGAGCCCGAAUUCAGCAAGGAGACUGUGGAGAGGCUUCUGCACAACCUGGUGCUAAAGAUCGUCAAGUACUUCUACCACAUGCCCAUCCAGCCCUCCGACCUCCUGGAAGUCAUGGUGGAGGCACCAGUGGCAGGGGCACACGACAGCAGCAGGGGGGGCUGCCAGGACACCCUGCGAGGGCUGCCAGCUCAGCGUUUGCAGCGAGUUGUGGCUGACCCUGGUGUCGGAUGCCUGGGAACCCUUGAUGGAUAUGGAUGA